UUCCAGCGAGAGAGAUAUCAAUGGGUGGUGGUCGGAAAAUGGAAAAGCGCCUCUCGCACCGCAAUCGAAGUGGCAGCAAAUCCGAGCAGGCGGUUUCCUGCUACACACGUCCCCGAUCCAGGAAUCGUUCCCGCUCUAAAGAUCGCUCCCGCUCCCACUCCCGUUCCCGCUCCCGAUCCCGUUCGCGUGCCACCCGUUCGAGUGUCAUGGCCAGAAAAUCCCUAACGAAACGUCGCCGCCACGGCCCCAGCCUGUGGGAUGUGCCGCCCGAGGGCUAUGCCCACGUGACGCCCAUGCAGUACAAGGCCAUGCAGGCCAGUGGCCAGAUCACGGCGCGCAUCCAGUCGGACACGCAGCCGACGGCGGACACGGCGGCCAUUGCGAUGGUGACGCGCCAGGCGCGUCGCCUCUACGUGGGCAACAUACCGUUCGGCGUCACCGAGGACGACAUCAUGGCCUUCUUCAACCAGCAGUUCCUGCUGCUCGGCGACGACUGCGGCGGCCAGCUGUGCCUCGACGGGAAGGCGGUGCUGUCCUGCCAGGCGAAUCUCGACAAGAAUUUCGCCUUCAUCGAGUUCCGUUCGAUGCAGGAGGCCACCCAGGCGACCACAUUCGAUGGCAUCUCGUUCCGUGGACAGGUGCUGAAGAUCCGACGGCCACACGACUACCAUCCGGUGGGUUCCGUUGGCGCUGCCGCUGGCGCUGGCAGCAUCCCAGACGCCGUCGGAGGCUGUGCUUCAUCGGCGGCCGCCAAGUCCCGGUCGUCCUCAGCGGACACUGGGAGCCUGGGCAGCCAGGCGAUCUCCAACCUCGUUCCGGACUCGCCGCACAAGAUCUACAUUGGGGGCCUGCCCACGUGCCUGAACGAGACGCAGAUCAAGGAGCUGCUGCUGUCGUUCGGCCAGCUGCGGGGCUUCAAUCUGGUCAAGGACCCCAGCACAACGCUCAGCAAGGGGUACGCCUUCUUCGAGUACGUCGAUCCAUUGCUCACGGAACAGGUGAUUGCCAACCUGAACGGCAUGCAGCUCGGGGACCGCCGGCUCAUCGUCCAGCGCUCGAUACCCAGCGGACGGUACGCGGGCAUCCAGCAGAUUCCCAUCCAAGUGCCCGGCCUGGUGGCCACAUCCCUCACGGGCUCCACAGCGGGCCUGAACAAUGCCACUCAGGUGCUGUGCCUCCUCAAUAUGGUGCUGCCGGAGGAGCUGCUGGACAACGAGGAGUACGAGGACAUACGCGCCGACAUCGAGCAGGAGUGCAGCAAGUACGGCGAGGUUCUUAGCCUCAAGAUACCACGUCCCCAGGCCAGCGGAGGGGAAGGGGAAGGGGGAGGAGGAGGGGACUCUGCCACUCGCCCCAAGGGCUGCGGCAAGGUGUACGUCCACUUCGGGACCAUCGAGGACAGCGAGAAGGCUCUGGGCGCCCUGAGUGGCCGCAAGUUCAGCGGCCGCAUUGUCAUUGGUUCCUUCUUCGAUCGCGACAAGUAUUUGUCGGAGGAUUUUUGAUGGAUUUCCAUUGGAUUUCCAUUUUGAAUGCAAUUUUUGAUCUCAAUUCCAUUCCCAAUUUAAGGUUUAAUCCCUGGGGGUGUCUUUUCUGCCUUUCUACAGAUAAAUAAACAAGUUGCCGUAAUCUGAAAAGCCUCUAGAGCUGUCAGA